CAUUAUUUAUUCCGCCAUUAAGACUCUUUCUGCUUCCAUAGCUACCUCUUAUAAUUGAGGUAUAGGCGUGGCCAAAUUGGAGCCACCACCUUAGACAUCUACAAUCUCCUCCACUUGGGUAUAACUAAAUUAACCAGUUCUCCUCCUCUCCUCUCUCUCUCUCUCUCUCUCAACAUAUGUGCUCAAAGCACCAACUGUGCUGAAGGUGCCAAAAUGGCUAAACCUCUACCAUACAGGUCAUCCAAUCUAUUCAAACUAGAAAUUUAGAGAUGGGCCCAUCUCUUGAAACUUUAUAUAUAUAAAGUUUUUGGAUCAGGUGAGCUUUAAUCGUUCAGUAUUGAGAAGAGAAUUUUAGAUUUAACAUGUAAAGCUCUACUGAGGUAAUCUUUAUCAUUUCAUCAGUAUAGAAGAAACUCUAUUCCUUCAUUUAGAAAAAGUAGUCUAGUAUAUGAGGAAUGUCGGAUUCUUAAUUGGGUUCCUAUUAAAAGCAAGAGAGAGGCUGAUAGCUCGCAUUUUUUGUUUAAGCAGAUCCUUGGGAAUAAAGGGUAGUUCUGUUUAUGUUCUUACUGCUCAUGAUAUGGCUUCAAUGAGUUCAAUCGGAAAGGCAAACCUCAAGCAAGAAACUCGCAACAGUACUCAGUCAGUAUCUGGCUGGAAGCGUAACCACUGCAUCAUUUUCCCUGCCAAUGUGGGCAUGACCGCAGAAGCUUUAGAAAGAAGAAACAAGCGGUGGUUCGUUAAUAGUAACAUAAAGAGUGACCUAACUAUACAAGUUGGAGAAAGUAUCUUUCACUUGCACAAGCUCCCCAUGGUGGCAAGAAGUGGAUACUUGAAUAGGUUGGUAUUUAGGAACAGGAAUUCAAACUCUUGCCUGAACAUCCAACUAGACAACCUUCCUGGUGGCUUCCAGUCAUUUAAGCUAGUAGUCAAAUUCUGUUAUGGGUUAGCAGUCGACCUCACAGCCACUAAUGUUGCUCCUCUGUACUGUGCUGCACAUUUUCUGGAAAUGAAUGAAGAACUUGAACAAGGAAAUCUCAUUUCCAAAACUGAAACCUUUUUGAGCUUUGUGAUAUUUGCAUCUUGGAAAGAUACAAUUCAGAUCUUGAAUAGCUGUGAGUCCCUAUCUUCAUGGGCUGACAAGUUGCAAAUUGUGAGACGCUGUGCAGAAUCUAUUGCUUGGAAGGCCUGUACCGAUUCCCAAGCACUCAGUUGUGGUGAUGACGAAGCUCAGUGCUUAAAUGUUCUGUCUAACAACAUGAAGGACUCGAUCGAUAAUAACAAGGGUGGUGGUGCUGGUGGUGAUGGUGGUCAGACAGUAGCAGAAAGUUGGUGGAUUGAAGAUGUCUCACUCCUUAUAAUUGAUCAUUUCAUUAUGGUAAUUGAAGAUAUUAAGAGGAAAGGAAUGAAACCAGGUUUAGUUGGAGAUUGCAUCAGCCAUUGGGCAGCAAAAUGGAUUUCUCGAGUUAUAGUAUAUGAUCAUCUGGAUGUGGGACAAAGAGUUAAAAUUGAAAGUUUGAUUAGACUAAUUCCUACAGAGAAAAGUUCAGUUUCUUGCAAUUUUCUACUCCACCUUCUCAAGGUGAGUUUGAUGAUAAACAUUGAUCCCGCAUUGUUGUCAGAAUUAGAAAGAAGAGCAGCUGAAAUGUUGGAGAGUUGUUCUGCAGUAGACCUCGUGGUGAAGAAUUAUGGAGAUGCUAGCACUGUUUAUGAUGUGGACUUGGUAACUAGGGUGGUGGAAGCUUAUAUUGAUUUUGCAUCAAGUAAUACAACAUCAAGAAUAGUUGCUGUGGCCAGGGUAGUGGAUGAGUACCUAGCAAUAGUUGCAAGGGACAGCAAUCUUUCUGUGAAGAACUUUCAAUUACUUGCAGAAGCAUUCCCAGAAGAUGCCCGAUACUGCAACGACAAGCUCUACAGGGCUAUAGAUACAUACCUCAAGGCACAUCCUAGGCUGACAGAAGAGCAAAGAGUAACUGUAUGUAAAGCCAUGGAAUACCAUAAGCUUUCACUAGAAGCUCGGAAGCACACAAUGAAGAAUGAUCGGUUGCCCAUGAAUAUCGCUAUUAGAUUUAUCCUUUUAGAACAGGUGAAUAUAGCAAGAUUGUUGAUAGCUGAUGGGUCAGACUACCAUAGAACCAAGUCUCAGGCAUUUAUCAGACUGCCCAAAGGCCUAGGUAAGAGUGGGUUCGAGACUCAAACGGAGCUACAAAUCAUUAGGCAAGAGGUUGAGAGGUUGAAGGUGCAACUCAAUGAACUGCACUUGUGUAAAGCAGAGCUCCAAAGACAGGUGAACAGGGUAUUUUGAUAGAAGUUGU